AUGUCAGGCAGUGAGCGUCAAGUAGAUUCACCGGCCACUUCAGGGGGCCCUCGGGCCAUUGCGCCGGCGCCGGAAGCUCCGGGGUCCGCGGAGAAUGAAGCUAGAGCGAGACGACGCCGGCGGGCGGCCAACGCAGAAAAACAGAUGUUCUACUUUGUCGACGAGAGCUCGUCCUCAAAGGAGAAGCGCGCCCAUGUUAUGCGACACCAUGUCGAAGAGAAACGAAAAUUACGCAAAUUAUCCCGCGAUCUGGGCCAUGAACCAAUGAUACCCGAACAUAUCCAAGAACUGGGCACCUGGGAUGCCAUGGAGGAUCCGGCGUAUAAACCAGGUAACCAAGCGAAAAUCGCGGUCCAGCAAGACUCUUCGCUUCCUAUCCGAUUCUCGACAGUCAGAUACGCACAGCCGACGCCUAUGCAACUUCUCCCUGCCGAUACAUCACGAAAGAAUCCGAAUUCGAAUCCGAAUUCGAAUUCGCCUGCAAAUACAAUUACGCUAACAUCGGAAGAUGCGGAACUGGCCGAAUAUUGGACCAGUAAGUUAACGUAUUGGUCGGGGCAGAACACCUAUGUCAAGGAUCAAAUGUUUCAAACCGCCAUGCGGCACCCGGUAUCUUUCCAGGCGACGGUCCUGACGUACUGUGCCCGGUGGAAGGCUCAGAUCCAUGAAACGCCUAACAGCGAAGAAGUGCAGCGGCAUCUUGGCCAGGCGCGAAAGAACAUUCAUGAUGCUAGCAUUGGGUCUCUACCAAUCGAUGAAGAUUACUUAGCCAUGGCGCUGGCAGGCAUGGCUCUCGGGGAGGAUCGAUUCGGACGCAACAGAGACGCACAAGCAUACCUGGACCAUGCGGUGCGAAUCAUGCGUCCACGCACUGGCAUGAAUCGACCGGUAGAAGCAUUUCUCCACUAUGUACGGCUUAUCGUGCCACCAUCACCAACUACCGUGGUUGAUCCCGCCCCGCAGUGGCCGGUGGCGUUCCUUCGAACGGCAAGGGACAUUAUGCUACAGCACAGCGCUCCGGAGUACCUCGCACAAGCACCACAAAGAUGUGAUUUGUUCCAAAUGGAGAGUCCGCUGUUCUCCUUACUUUCGAGUGGACCGCGGCCUUCGCAGGUGCCACAAGAGGCACGCAUGUACGUGGUCCGUGAUCCUCAGACCCAAGAGGUCAGUCGGACUGCUGCACUUAUCUUCAUCACCCUCGCACUGUGGGAUUUCAAAGAUUCGAUACCCAAGACGGUUCGGUUUUUGACAUAUCUAUAUGACCUUAUUGGGCGACAUCAAUUGGACCGACAGCCAGCGUGUGAAACUUUACUCUGGCUAUUACUGGAACAAGGCUGCGAGCCCGACCUACGAAACCCCGAACGUGCAUGGUCUGUAGGCGAGAUGGUAAAAUCACAUCGACAACUCCGUCCCGAUCUACAGUUUCAUUUUAAUGAGAUCCUGAUGAGUUUUUUGACGCUACGGGCUCCGAUCCGCGGUAUUGAUAAGUUCGAAGCGGACCUUCAGUUGACUAGCAACGCUCAAUGA